UUCGCUUAUUUUCUGGCUUGAGGGUUGAGCAGUACGCAGGGGCAUCACCAGUCAAAGAAAAGGCUGAAACAAAUUAGCAGUUUAAGGUGGAUUUUAUCCUUCUGGGAUUGGUCAGUUCAUCAUUUCCACAGAGCUGCCACCAGCAGAAUGGAAACACUGCCUGACGUUUGGCGGCAGGAGUACUGGCUCCCUCCAGGUGUGACCUGGAGAGACAUGGACCAGCUGGCGGACUCUGAUCGACCUCAGCCCCAGGACCUUCUCAUAGCUCUGCCCCUCGCGUUGGGCUUUGUCGCCCUGCGCUACGUGUUUGAGAGGUUUUUUGCCCCACCCAUGGCCAGAUGUUUGGGGGUGAAGAAUAGAUUACAAGUGACUGCUGCGCUGUCCCCGAAGCUGGAGUCGUUUUACACCCAGAGGAGCAGACAGCCAACACAAAGUGAAAUUGUUAGUUUGAUGUCGCUGUGUGGCAAAACCCAGAGGCAGAUUGAGACCUGGUUCAGACUUCGCAGGAACCAAGACAGACCCUGUCAAACCAAGAAGUUUGGUGAAGCCGCUUGGAGGUUUUUUUUCUACCUCACAGCCUUCAUGGCCGGACUGACUUGCUUGAUUGAUAGACCGUGGUUCUGGGACUGCAGGGCAUGUUGGAGGCAGUAUCCAGUUCAGCCCAUGGAGAGAGCUCACUACUGGUACUACAUGUUAGAGUUGGGCUUUUAUGGCUCUUUGCUCCUCCGGAUCUCUGUGGACAUCAAGAGGAAGGAUUUUAAAGAGCAGGUGAUCCACCAUUUGGCUACCAUCUUCCUGCUCAGUUUCUCCUACUGUGCCAACUACAUUCGCGUCGGCACCUUGGUCAUGCUGCUUCAUGACUCCUCUGACAUCCUGCUCGAGUCUGCCAAGAUGUUCAACUACGGCACUGGAUGGAGGAAAACGUGUGACACACUGUUUGUUGUGUUUGCUGUGGUCUUCCUUGUGACUCGACUGGUGAUUUUCCCCAGCAAAAUCCUCCAUACCACCCUUGUACUGUCCAUGGAAGCGUUUGAACCUUUUGCCGGCUACUACUUUUUCAACGUCCUGCUGAUGGUGCUGCAGGCUCUUCACAUCUUCUGGGCUGGUUUAAUCCUACGCAUGGUCUAUAAAUUCCUGAAAGGCAAGCUGGAAAAAGAUGAACGCAGUGAUGAAGAGAGUGAGGUUGAAGAGGAAGAGGACGACAAAGGAGGAGAGGAAAAUGUGGAUGAAAGAGGAGAUUACAGUUGGGAGAAAAGUAAAGACACCAUGAACUCCAAACUGUCUUUACUGACCAACAGUUGUGUCCUAAAUAACUUGACCAACCACAGGGCAUCUGUAUCUGGCAGAAUGCGUAAAGCUCAGUGAAGUCUUGAUGAAUUUUGUCACACAAAGUCCCAGUUUUUCUGUGUCAAAACUAAAACAAGCCAAUGUUUACAAAUCAAGUGAUAUUAUGCUCUUUACUACAGUUCCUGUAUGCUGUGCUUCACUUUUAGACAAGUGGCGAGAGUUUAAUUAGUCAUUGUAAAAUGUUAUAGCAGAGGAUAGUUUCGAUCUAUCGACCUCUGGGUUAUGGGCCCAGCACGCUUCCGCUGCGCCACUCUGCUACACACCCCAGAUGGGACUCGAACCCACAAUCCCUGGCUUAGGAGGCCAGUGCCUUAUCCAUUAGGCCACUGGGGCUGCUGAGAAUGCAGAAUCGCACGACUGUAUAAUUCCUGGCAGUGGCAGUGACAUUGACGCUGCAAACGUUUUUCAGUUCAUCGCCUCUGGAUUGGGAUGUAGUGUGUGUGAAGUAAAAUCAGGGAAUCAUGAAGGUGUUUGAUGCCUGCCUGAUGUUUUUAUUCAUUGCAGUUAACACUGCAAACUGUUUACACUGUUUGUCAUUGAAUUCACCAAGCGUAUGUUUGAAAACAAAAAAAAACAGAUUGUAAUAGCCCAAUAUCAAAACAAAUAUUAGGUAGUUGAUGUGACACCAAGUAUAGACAGAAGUGGUUGUCUUUUAUUGUAAAAUAAUGAAGUUGUUACAUGCAGUAGAUAUUUUAAUGCAGGGAAUAAAGUCGUAAUUUUA